AUGGCUUUCAUGGGGGAGUUCUCAUCUAAUUGGGCGUCGCUUCCGAAUCACCUUCUGGAUUCAAUUCUCAAUAACUUGGUUCCAGACUCCGACUACAUCACAUUUAGUGCUGUUUGCAAGCCAUGGCACUGCAUUGCAAUUCACAAUCGGAAGCAUCGAUGUCUCAGCAACGCCAUUCUCAACCAGAUACCGUUGCUAAUGUUUCCUCCUAAUAUUCCUAGUGACAAUGGCAGGAGAAUAUGUGGCUCUUCAUAUGGUUGGUUUCUCACUGUACAACAAAACGCGGGUUUAGUCCUUGUCAAUCCUUUCUCUGGUGGGACUAUCCAACUCCCACCUGUUUCAGAACUUGCAGGACCAUCUACUACUGUUAAGGUUGAAGAUUCCAACGCUUUGCUGACAGCCGACCCUAUUUUAUUUCCAAAGGAUUACGCUGUUGUUGCUAUCUAUGGUAGUUAUAAUUGGAAAAGGUUGGCAUACAUUAAAUCCGGUGAUAAGAGUUGCAGUUGUGUUAACACUCCAGGCUUCGAUGCGUUCAACAAUCUUGUCAGUUACAGAGGACGCAUAUAUGCAGUGGAUAGUUGGACAGGGAUGGUAUCCUUUGAUGUUAGAGGUGUUAGUGACAGUAAUUUGUCUUCGCCAUCAUCGAGCGUGAAGGAGGAGGUUGCACCAAACACGUCGUAUGAUCCUGUAGGCACUUACAUUGUGGUAUCAUCUGCUGGUGAUAAUCUUUUGUUGGUUCAAAGAUUUCUCAUUCCAUUCACAUGUGAAGACCCACAAUUCAAGGUUUUCAAGUUGCAAUUGAGUCCAAGCGGGAAGGCGGAGAUAGUGAAUUGA